CUUAAAAAUAAAAGUAAUUAAUUCUUGAUUAAUUUCUCUUAGAUUUAAGGUCUUAAUAUGUUAAAAUUGCCCCUUUUAUGUUUAGCGAUCAGAGCAGUUUGGAUUGUAUGCAUGAGGAGAUGUGUACUAAGUUAGCCUACUGUAAUGAACUCACUUGGCUUAAGCCUACCCUAGAUGCAAUCAUAAAAUUUGACUUCUCUCUGAGUUUUAAGUAAAUUUAAACAAAUAAUUACUCUUCUGACCUAAAUCAUUUUGUAUGUAUGAUGCCCGGAUCAAGUAAGAAAUGUUGUGUACCCUCAUGUUUAGCCAGUUAUCAAACACUGAAAAAAUUUGGAGUAAAUUUGAGUUUUUUUGCUUUCCCAAAAGACAAGUCAUUAAGAAAUAAAUGGCUCCUAAAGUGCAACAGAAGACCUAGUGAAGUUUCUCUGAAUGAUUCUGUUUGUAGUCGGCAUUUUCAUUUAAGUGACUACAGAGAUGGUAUGGCAUCAAAAAUUGCCAAUGUUAAACCAAAAAGAUUGAAACCAGACGCUGUUCCUUCUCGCUUUCUCAAAGUUGCACAGAAGGAUCCUACAAAUCUUAGCCAUCAUGAAUAUCAUAAGUUUCUUGCACAAGAAAUUUUAAGUGAAGAAAAGGAAGCUUCAAAAUCAAGCGACCCACCUAUUUAUUUGGAUUUUUUGACAAGUGGAUCUGAUAACGUUGGAAAUCAAUCAAAAAGUUCAAGUUCAUUCACAGGGACAGAAAAGGUCCACCAUACUGAAAAUCCAAACUCAGACACACUAGAUUGCUUUGAAGACUGUACCCUCUCUGAAGCCAAAGAGAAACUGACGGUACAGCCAGUUGUAAACCCCAUAGAGACUACUAACCAUGACAAGGUUACUGUUACAAAUAAUGCAGGAAACGACAACUUCAUUGGACGAUGCUAUGUUUGUGAUAAAGCGAUUCGCCAAUGUGACUUGGAUAAAUUUUCAAGAGAAGAUUUUACAAGGGUUGUUCAGAAAAUACUUGAAGGUAUUUCCACAGAGUACGUGGUUGUGAUGACCCAGGAUGACGGCCUGUGUGGGGCUUGUCGUAAUGUAGUCUCUCGUAUAUCCAAGUUGGAGGCAGAGCUACGAACCGCUACUGUAGGUUUGCGAGCUUUACUGCGCCUCAACUAUUCACUCCCACCUCCAGCACCGGAAAAUAAUGAAAAGUCUCACUCACAAUUUAGAACUGAAAAGCCAGAUAAGACUCUAGCUAGAAGUAAAAAUUCAAUACAGACAGCUGAUGUGGAACAGAGAAGUAAAAUAACACAGACCGGAGUUAUGCUGAAGAAUAAAAAAACGCAGACGAAUGAGAAGUAUUUUGUUGAGGAAUCAGACUUAAAAUUUGUUAGCUCUAUAGACCAAGUUGAAUAUAUGGAAGCAGGAGACUUGCAAAUUCAGGUUGUAGAAGGAACUGAAGAGACACUUGAACCUUUUCCUGUUGUUAAAGAAGCAGACUGCAUAUACAAAGUUACCAAUUCCGCAGCAGACUCUGAAACACCGAAUGAAGAUGGUUUCACAGAGGAAAUUGUGAUUGAUUCCGAAGACGACCAACCAAGUGAAAUUCCAGCUGCCAUUCAACCUGUAAAGCCGAGACCAGUGAACAGAAAAUACUUAGGGAUAUUAAAAUGUUCAAAAUGUAAUUUCAAAACUAAAUCGUCAAAAAUAAUGAAAGCGCACAUGUUAAGUUUUAUUUACAAAGAAGGAUUUUACUGUUACAUUUGUGAAUUUGCUUACCACAAUAUGGAUCACUUUAAAAAACAUGCCAAAAACCAUUCUGAAACCAGCCAAGAUAGACGGUGCAUCUUUUGCGAUGCGACGAUUCAUGACAAACUCCACAUGAAGUACCACAUAGAAGCUAGGCACAAGCCCAACCCAUUCCACCAUCCGUGUUCGAAAUGCAAUCAAGUGUUUUCGUUCGCCUCUCUGAUGAGGAGGCAUAUGAGACUUAAACACAAGAUGUUGAAACGGUACACUUGCGACACUUGUGGGAGUGUGUUUGGCGACAAAAUAAAGUACGAUAAUCACGUAGAAUACUACCAUCGGCCCUCUCUCGCCUGCAAGUUUUGUUCAAAAGAGUACCCGACUAUUAAACAGUUAGUUCUGCAUGAAAAUUCACUGCACAGAUUCGACAGGACCGAGCACUACCAGUGCAGCUUUUGCCCGAGGAAGUUUGUGAGGCAAGAACUGCUGUUGCAGCAUGAGACUCAUCACACAGAGCAUUACGACCACAGGUGUGGAGUUUGUGGCUAUGGAUUCAACGAGGAGGAAGCUAAGGAGAGGCACGAAAGGUUUUGUCUGAUGGGCCCCAGAUCUCGAAUCUUGGUUUCCCGCAAGUCAGCUCUCAACAGACAGCAAUCCUUUGUAAAGCGAAGGAAGUUUACCCGAGAUCCAUUCGGAGGGCACCAAAGUCUAGUGUGCGAUGUGUGCGGGAAAAUCAUCCAUACUCGGGCAAACUAUAAAAUUCACAGGGAAUUGCACAAUUCACCUUCUGGUUUCCAGUGCCACGUUUGUGGAAAGAAGUUCCGAUAUAAAGAUAACAUGCGAGUACACAUCAAGAACUUGCAUAAAGAUACAGACAAUAUUGAUGAGGAUGAUCCUCAAUAAUGGUUUAGUGUACUGCAUUUAAUGUCAGUUUUAACGUUUAUUUCCUUUUAAUACCUAUUUGUAAUUAAAAAUUUUUAUGUGAUGAUUCAGUUGUAGUAUAAGAUAUAGCGGUCUAAAGUUAAACUACUGGUACCCUAAUUGUGUUUUAAAUGUUUUUAACUGUUUUUGAUAGGCUGGAUGCAAUUUUGGCUUCCAUGUUCCUUUCUGUAAGUGUACAGAGUAACUUUAAGUGCUUAAAAGCACUAAAAACUACCUAAAUUAACUAGGAGUUAAAUUACUUUUGUUGUUUCUGCAUUAAACUUGCUUGAGGAACUUUUUUUUAGUUUUUCAUUUUGAUCAAUUAUUGAUUG